AUGCUGCCUAGCCAGGCUGACGUCCGACAGAGCGUGGAACCGGAAUACCCUCCACCAGAUUGGACCCGGGAUUCAACUCCGGCGUAUGAGGAUCGCUCAUUGACGCCGUCGCCAUUCUCAAACCACGGCGAUGUGGAAAUGCGCGACGCCUCUGGGAGCACGAUUGUUCCGUCAACCCUAGGCCGGGAUGUAGCUGUUACUGCACCGGACUUGGAACCCGAUGAGCAUCGAUCCCGGUCUCCAGAGAGGCCACUCCCUCCACCAGUCCCCGAAUCGCCGAUCAAGCAGCCGAAACGAGGCGACAGGCGGAAAUCAGGUGUGCAGGGCUCAAAGGUCAAGAAGCGCUCAACGACUGGCACGAAGACAAAACCGAAGAGUCGCAACGUAACGCAAAAGCCAACUCAGUCGGUCGGCAAACUUGUCGAGCAGGCAAAGAAGGGAAACCAGGAUGCCGGACAAGAAGAAGGUAGUUUGGAUUCGGACAAACCAAUCAAGCCUGCGCCCAAAGCUGGUGGAAAGGUGGCCGAAGCGGUAAGAAAUAUCGAGCGACAGGUUCUGCAGCAAGAACAAGAUCUGAAGCAAAAGGACGGCAGCCAGGUGAGGAGAAGUGCGAGGGCGAACAAAGGAGUGAGGACAUCUCUCGGCUAUGGGAGCCCAAAGUAG